AUGAACUCCUUCUUUCGGGUACCUCACAUUUUGUUUCUAUUACUCUUGGCUUCAUCACUGUCCUCCAGUCAAGUUGUGAAUAUUAGCCUUUCCACUAAUCCCUCGGAAGCGUAUCUUGGUGAGACAACUAUUCUCACAGCAGAAAUUGAGUUGGCAGCGUCUACUGAAUGUGGUGUGUAUAUAGACAGCGAGACCUUCACAAGGCUGAAUGUCACCGACCCGGUCAAUGCUAUGUACGAUAAUCGUCAUACUUCAGUCUUCAUCGAUUUAGGCACCAUUAGCAGUAGCCAGACAAUAUAUUUGGAUGCUGUUGUUAUUCGCGCACUGCCAAUAAAUGGCAACAUUGUCAUCACUAUGGUUGUGGGAUAUGGGUCGUAUGAUGCUGUCUUGAACGAGUAUAUGCACAGCAUGCCGACCAGUACAUCAAUACUGUAUCUAGGACCUGAAAUAGAGCCCUACAUGACAACUGACGAGGAGGUCAUACCUGGAACAAUUCCUUUUGAUAAGGAACAGGAACUAUUGGUAGAAAUUAUUCUGCCACAAACAACAUUAACUAGUGUUGAUAUAACACUUUCAUUCAUGUCAGCCGAUUUUACGUACAUUCCCGUCGAUGCAAGUUUUGCGGAGAUCAACUCCAACAGCUCAGACGUCCUCAUUGACAGUUACAACACUACAUCAUUUACUGUAGAACACAGUACAUAUUCCACACCAGCCAGAAGAAGACUCCUCCAAUCAGUCGCGCAGGUUGACGUCACAUGGACAAUUGGUGAUAUACAGAAUAUUGCUACUGCAAAUGCUGCUCUAACUUUCAAGAUUCCUCCACAUUGUUAUUAUCUACCUUUCAUCGCCUGA